GGAGGCAGUGCCCCCUGCGCAGCUGUUGCCUGGCGCUAUGCGGUGCUUCGGGCCCGGCCUGGCGGCGCGGCGUCUCCUCCCGCUGCGGCUCCCCCCGCGGCCGCCGGGACCCCGGCUGUCGAGCGGGCGGGCGGGGCCGGCUGGCGUCCUGGAGCGGACCAUGGACGAGCUGCUGCGGCGCGCCGUGCCACAGACGCCGGCCUACGAGCUGCGCGAGAAGACGCCGGCGCCGGCCGAGGGCCAGUGCGCGGACUUCGUGAGCUUCUACGGCAGCCUGGCCGAGGUGGCCGAGCGGGCCGACCUGCUGGGCCGCCUGGCGCGGGGCUUCGGCGUGGACCACGGCCAGGUGGCCGAGCAGAGCGCCGGCGUGCUCCAGCUGCGCCAGCAGCCGCGGGAGGCGGCCGUACUGCUGCAGGCGGAGGACCGGCUGCGCUACGCGCUGGUGCCGCGCUACCGCGGCCUCUUCCACCACAUCAGCAAGCUGGACGGCGGCGUGCGCUUCCUGGUGCAGCUGCGGGCCGACCUGCUGGAGGCCCAGGCCCUCCGGCUGGUGGAGGGGCCGCACGUCCGGGAGCUGAACGGAGUGCUGAAGGGCAUGCUCUCGGAGUGGUUUUCCUCAGGGUUCCUGAACCUGGAGCGGGUUACCUGGCACUCACCCUGUGAAGUGCUUCAGAGAAUCAGUGAGUCUGAGGCUGUGCAUCCUGUAAAGAACUGGAUGGACAUGAAGCGCCGGGUUGGGCCUUACCGAAGAUGUUACUUCUUUUCUCACUGUUCAACCCCUGGGGAGCCCCUGGUGGUUUUGCACGUGGCCUUGACCGGUGACAUCUCCAGCAACAUCCAGGCCAUAGUGAAAGAAUGCCCACCCUCAGAAACAGAGGACAAGAACCAAAUUGCUGCUGCGAUUUUUUAUUCUAUCAGCUUGACCCAGCAAGGUCUACAAGGUGUUGAGUUAGGAACCUUCCUGAUAAAACGGGUCAUUAAGGAGCUGCAGAGGGAGUUUCCUCACCUGGGGGCCUUUUCAAGCCUGUCGCCCAUUCCUGGGUUCACCAAAUGGCUUCUGGGGUCCCUGAACACACAGGCAAAGGAGCCCGGCCGCAGUGAGCUCUUCACAGACUACGAAAGCCGAGAAAUUGCCGAGAUCACCGGUGGGCCCAUCAACGAGACCCUCAAGGUCUGUCUCAGCAGCAGCGAGUGGGUGAAAUCGGAAAAGCUGGUCAGGGUGCUGCAGGCCCCCCUGAUGCGGCUCUGCGCCUGGUACUUGUACGGGGAAAAGCACCGCGGCUACGCCCUAAACCCCGUCGCCAACUUCCACCUGCAGAACGGGGCCGUCAUGUGGCGCAUCAACUGGAUGGGUGACACCAGCCCCAAGGGCCUGACGGGCUCCUGCGGCCUGAUGGUCAACUUCCGGUACUACCUGGAGGAGACGGCCGCCAACAGCACCAGCUACCUCGGCUCCAAGACCAUCCGGGCGUCUGAGCAGGUGCUCAGCCUGGUGUCCCAGUUCCAGAAGAACAGCAAACUCUAGGAGUGCACCUUUCCUAAGGCGGACGUCCGGGCUUGGAAAAGGAUGGCUUUCUGGAUGGGUUCGGGAGGGCUGUGUAUCAAAAGGAGCUUUUUCGGUAAAGCAGAAAUUGAACCUUGUUCUCUUCCCUGUGGUGGGGCGCGUAGCACGAGGGAACGGGCAGUGCCCAGGGCAGGGGGCUGUGGGAAACACGUGUGUGCAGGAGAAGCACGCUGCGGGGGCCGCUGCUCUCCCUCCACAGCCUGGGGUCUCUGGUGGGUGCUGCGCCACCUCCCGCCCGCAGCAGUGUCGCCAGCCCCUGCCGGGGCUCCAGGCUGAGCCAGGACCAGCGGCCCAGACUAGAACAGACUUUUCCUCUGAGCUUGUAGAAAAUACUUCAACCGUGGUUGCUUCAGCCGUUUCUCUCCACUCAUCUCAAAGGGAAUAAAGGGCUGUGGUACCUUUUAGCAGUUAAA